CUGCGGCGGUCGAUUUCCUGCCCUUCCCCGCACCGUGUACCCCACUACCGAGCUCGAGACGUAGUCCCCGGGCCUCGUCUGAAGCCCUCAAAGGUCAGACGCCUUCCCCAGGAUCCGGGCGGCGCGUCUGUCUAUAACGGCGGGCUCCUGGACCUCGGCGAGUUGAAGAGGCAAGUGCGCACAUCACUGUGAGUGGCGGCGGCAGCAUCCUAGGCGAACUAGGACUUAAAUACGGCACCAUGACGCAGAGGCUCCUAGAAGACUGGUGCAGGGGGAUGGAUAUGAACCCGCGGAAAGCACUGUUGGUUGCCGGCAUCCCUACGACCUGCGGAGUGACAGAGAUCGAGGAGGCCCUGCAGGCUGGCCUGGCUCCCUUGGGGGAAUACAGACUGCUUGGGAGGAUGUUCAGGAGGGAUGAGAACAAGAAUGUAGCCUUGAUAGGCCUUAAAAUAGAGACUAGCAGUGCUCUGGUUCCCAGGGAGAUACCUGGAAAAGGAAGUGUCUGGAGAGUGAUCUUUAAGUCUCCUAAUGCUGAUAAUGAAUUUUUAUGCAGAUUAAAUGAGUUUUUACAGGGAGAGGGCGUCACGAUUGGUGAAUUGACCAGAGUUCUUGGGAAUCGAAAUGACCCUCUCAGCCUAGACCAAGCCAUGAUCCCUGAUAUGCGAGCCCCCGUGUUGGCACAGGCAUUAGAUGAGGCUCGUAAGCCACCCCUGCAGUGUCUGAGGUACAAAAAGCUGAGUAUAUUCUCAGGCAGGGAUCCUCCGGGACCAGGUGAAAAAAAUUUUGAAUCCUGGAUGUUUCAUACUUGUCAGGUAAUGAAAACAUGGCACGUGUCAGAUAUAGAGAAAAGAAGGCGGUUGAUAGAGAGCCUUAGAGGCCCAGCAUUUGAAAUUAUUCGAGUCCUCAAGAAAAACAAUCCUUUCAUUACAGUUGCAGAAUGCCUGAAGUCUCUUGAGACAAUAUUUGGGAUUAUUGAUAAUCCUAGGGCAUUGCAGGUCAGAUACCUUACUACUUAUCAGAAGGAUAAUGAAAAGCUAUCUGAAUAUGUCCUAAGGUUGGAGCCUUUAUUACAGAGAUUGGCACAGAAAGGACUAAUUGAGAGAGAAAUUCUGAAUCAGGCCCGUCUAGACCAAAUCGUUGCAGGGGCAGUCCACAAGACAGUUCGAAGAGAGCUUGGACUGCCUGAGGGUGCAGCCCCAACCUUACUGCAGUUACUGUCACUGAUAAAUGAUAAGGAGGCGGAGGAGGAGGAGGAGGAAGAAGCCCUUCAGGCUGAAUUAGAAGGGUGUUUCACUUGACCUAAGACCAGCAAGGAUGUUAUGAUGAGCAGAACAUGAUGGAGAAAUUCAUUUCAGUGAUCAGCUCAUUUCCACCUUGUGCUGCCAAUGUGUUACUGACAUGGAAAAUGUCAUUCUACAUUGAUGAUUAUUUAAAUCAGUCAUUCUGAUUCUAGUCAUUCUAGUGCAGUGUUCCAGGAGGCCACACAAAGUUCAUCUGUACAUCCAAUAGUUGUGUGUGACCUUGUUAUCAUUUCAAAGUUUGAAGUGUUGCCCACAUUUAUAGUGAAGACCCUGAGCCAAGGCUGGCUAAGAUAUUUAGGGUUUCUUUCUUUUUUUUAUAAUAAGUUAUUGAUGCUGUGCAAUAAAAAAGCAAAAUUGAAUGCUGAGGCUGAGUCUACAACAGCUAUCUUUAGCUUUGUGAUAUAUCUGUUGUGUUGUCAGAGUGUCUGGUUUUAAAUGUCAUUUUCUUGAUGUUAUAAAAGUGAAUAAAGUAAUGCUAAUGAUA